ACGCGACUGCUUUUGCCUGUGCCAUGUCGUCCUGGGUGCUCAGCUGGGCAGCGACUGCACUUCUUCUCCUAUCGUUCCUCAAUGAGCUAGGUUUCGUUGCUGCCUACCCUGGACCAUGCUCGGUGUUGAGCUCCGACCAGCUGCAGAGCAUUCCUGGAUGGGCGGCCCUGCAGAGUGCCGUGGAGGAGGGGUAUGGCACGGAGCCGUACAAGGUCGUGACGAACGACUACCUGUACCCUGACAAGCCCGCGUCGAUGUGCGGAGCCGUGGCGCAGGGAUGGGUCUGGUUCGAGUACCACGCGAAGACGCAGGGCCACUACAAGUGGAGCUUCGAGAUCGAGAAGGUUCUGCCAGAGAUCGAGGAUCGCACACUCCCGGACGUCACCAGAACCUCUUUCCCCGCAAAACUACGACGCGGCGCGGAUUUCUCAGAUCUCUGACCGUAACCCGUUAUCGACUUAAGUUAUGCUGCCCACUCUAGCACCCGCUCUCUCACAGGCCCUGACAUUGUAUACUCUGGUAAUCGUCGAAUAGAAGAAGAAUCAAUCAUAUGGAAUGGAUGCGCUCGGGCCCUGCUGUUCAUCAGCACUACUGAC